AUGGCCUCUUUCUUCAAGCCACAACCUCAAACUGCCAAAUCGACGCCAAAACACGUCGUCGAUCCAAUUUUACAGCCUUGGGUCGAAAAAUAUCGUCCCAAGACAAUCGACGAUGUCUCCGCCCAGGACCAUACUGUCGCCGUGUUGCGCAAAACCUUGUCUUCUACAAAUCUUCCCCAUAUGCUCUUCUACGGACCUCCAGGUACAGGAAAGACGUCGACCAUCUUAGCUUUGGCUAGGCAGCUUUUCGGGCCUGAUAACUUUCGGAAUCGUGUCCUUGAGCUCAACGCUUCCGAUGAAAGAGGUAUAUCAAUCGUACGCGACAAAAUCAAGAAUUUUGCUCGCCAAACACCUCGAGCACAGGCUAUCUCUUCUGAUGGAAAGGAAUAUCCAUGUCCGCCUUACAAGAUCAUUAUUCUUGACGAAGCGGACUCUAUGACACAGGAUGCCCAGGGUGCUCUGCGUCGGAUCAUGGAAACUUAUGCAAGAAUAACGAGGUUCUGUUUGGUAUGCAACUACGUGACAAGGAUCAUUGAACCUCUGGCUUCGAGAUGCUCCAAGUUUCGUUUCACACCUCUAGACCAUUCGGCCUCGUCCUAUCGAUUGGCUCACAUCGCGUCCGAAGAAAAAAUACAAAUCAAUGAUCCUGUCCUAGAGGCCCUGAUUUAUACCUCUGCUGGGGACUUGCGACGUGCUAUAACUUACCUUCAAUCCGCUCAUAGGCUUUCCUCAUCCACGCAGCCCCCAACGCAGAUAACGCCUCAAGAUAUUCAAGAGAUUGCAGGUGUUGUACCAGACAGUGUAAUGAGGGACUUCGUGAUGAGUCUAGGCAUCGAGAUGGAUACAGACAUGCAGGUCGAUGCAGUUGGCAAGCCUGCAUUCGACCGUAUCAGAGGCAAAGUGAGGGAGAUAAUUCGGGAAGGGUAUUCUGCAUCACAGAUAUUAUCUCAAAUUCAUGACACGGUGGUUUCACAUCCCACUUUGAAUGCCAAACAGAAAUCUAAUUGCGCUCUCAUAUUUGCUGAGGCGGACAAGGCCCUUUGCGAUGGUGCAGACGAAGAACUUUGGAUACUCGAGGUAGCUCUUCGGGUCCACAAAGCAAUUGGAUAA